AUGCUCAAUGUUAUGAUCAUCAUUUUGCUGAUAUACGAUUUAGUUGUUGCGCCCAACCUACAAACUAGUAAAAAUCUCUUGAAAGAAUGGAAGACCGUCCAGAAAUCCGUCUCUUCUGCCGCUGCCAUCGACUGCCUAUCCGCCGCUACCCUCUGCCAAGAGCUAGACGUCGUCUCCUUUCCCGCCAUCCGCCUAUAUCAAAAGGACAGGCCAACAACACGAUAUCGAGGUCCUCGUCGAGCCGCAGCUAUCGAGGCUUUCGUGAAGCGAGCUCUUCGCCCAUCCGUACAAGACGUGGAUGGCAAGAAACUUGACGAGUUCAUCUUAAGCGACGACAUUGUAUUUCUUCUGCGGCUGCAGGGCGAAGAUAAACUCCUUGAAGCUCGAUUCCGCGACUUUGCGCAAGAGUAUUCUGAUCGCUACUCCUUCGGCAUAACUACUGCCAAAUCUGAUCUCCCUGAUGGCAUAUGGUGCAGAAAUAGCAUCGAUCAACGGGAGAAUAACGCCGAAGAUUUAGAUGAUCCAAACUCCCUUAAAAACUUUCUCAAAAUCUGCACUACGGAGCUCAUCCCGCAACUUACGAGACGCAACGAAAUGACACAUCUUUCUUCGGGGCGCUCUUUGGUCUACUACCUCUCCAAAAGUGAAGAAGGCCGGGAGUCUUACACCAAAGCUUUGAAGCAAGUAGCUGGUCGAUACGCUGAAUUCCUCCAAUUCGUAACCGUCGAUUCCAACGAGUAUCCCGACAUGGCGCGGAACCUCGGCGUCCGCUCCAGCGGAGGCCUCGCGGUACAAAACAUUCACAACGGACAGGUCUUCCCAUUCAGGGGCGAUGCUUCUUCGCCAGAUGCCAUUGACCAGUUCAUCGUGGCUAUUUCAGAAGGCAGGGCUCAGCCUUGGGAUGGGACAUUUGAUGAAGAGCUAGAGGCUCAUGAUGAACUUUGA